AUGUCAAAGGACAACGAUUAUGGCUAUUCACCUGUGGCUUCCGCAGGAGGUGCCUACGAUGACGUUCAUAGUGGUAGUCAACAACAAACAUUGUCACAGAAAAUAGUAGAGUCAUUGUUGAGAAGUCUAUUACAAACUAAACUUCUGUUGAAGAAGAACUUGGUCGUCUCACUCAGAGCAUGGGUAUCAACUGUCAUUGAGUUACUCUCACCAGUACUCUUCAUCUUGAUCCUCUUGAUCAUCGCUCAUUCUCCAUCCCCAAUGAAUGCCUUGAUACCUAGACCAGUUGACACAUACAACUCACAUGAACUGCCAUUGUGCACACCAUAUAUUGAGGAUCGUUGCUACACAUUGAUGUAUACACCAUCGGAUUCACCAUUGAUCAAUGAGCUAAUGUCGAUUUUGGGCUCAACCAACAUCCCUCCAUUGGAAGUCAAUGGCAACAUGUCAAACUACUAUGGUAUCAUUGCAAUGGACACUGUUGAGGACAUCUAUCAAUUCGUCCAGGAUCACCCUAACGUAACGAUGGGUGGAAUUGAGUUCAAGAGCAUGCCACAGAACUUCUCGAUCCACUACCCAACAGACCCAAUCAUCAACAAGUUCACCUAUCAGAAUGAGUCAUUGAUUCGCUACAACCAUCUCUGGAACUCCACCUGUCCAAACUACGUCGAUCCAUUCGCUUGCAUCGACUACACCGUGCCCAUCAACUUUGCCCUGCACCGUGCCAUCAAUACGUUCAUGUCACGUGACCGCAACCUGACCACCAUGCCCAAAUUCACGAUGACCACGUCCAGCUUCCCGCUGUUCAACCCGUCAGCCAACUCUGUGGGCACAUACGGCUGUCUGUUCUUCUACUGUGGCGCCAUGAUCUCGUUCAUCUUCCUCAUGUACAAGAUCUCCUAUGAGAAGGAGAAGAAGCUCAAGCAGGGCAUGAUCAUGAUGGGUCUGAGUGGCAGUGUCUACUUCAUCUCCUGGUUCAUCUGGUGUAUCCUGACCAACGUCCUACUCACCCUCAUCACCAUGGCCAUGGGAUGUGUAGUCCAAUUCGAGUUCUUCCUCACCACCAACUUCUUUGUCAACUUCCUCACCUUCUUCCUCUUUGGAAUUGCCAUGAACCAAGUUGGUUUCUUCAUUCUCUCAUUCAUCCAGACUACAAAGGCUGCAAUUGGAAUUGGUAUGACAAUAUUCAUCAUUGGAUCAUUGUUGCAGAUGAUGUUCAACUCGAUCAUGGGUGUAUUGGUGUUCCAGAUCAUUUAUACGACCAACAGCAAUUGGUCUUUGGCAGCAAGGAUUGUGUUGUACAUCCUGCCAAUGUUCCAUUUCUCAAAGGCCAUCACUGAUAUCAACACGAUCGCCAUGACCAGCACCUACACCGGCAUCGGCUUCAAGUGGAAGGAUUUGUAUCUCGACUACAACACACCUCAGAACCCCAACGUCGACAUCCCCGAGACCUACCAUGCACUGCUCAAUCUCAUCAUCCUCUCUGUGGUGUACACAGUGUUGGCCUGGUACUUUGAGCACGUCAUCCCUGGUAACGAUGGUAACUCCUACCCACCCUGGUUCUUCCUCCUGCCCUCCUACUGGGGAUUCACCGAGAAGCGUGCCACCUACAUUGAGACUCCCCACUUUGAUGAUAGUGAUGUACGUGAUGCCAUUGCCGCUGCCCAUGAUGAAUCAAACCAAGCACCGAUCAAGUUGGUUGGACUUUCCAAGACUUAUAAGAACAUAUUCAACAGCAAGCGUGACGUAAAGGCUGUCAAGUAUCUCAGCAUGUCCAUUGAGGACAGCUCAAUUCUGUGUUUGUUGGGUCAUAAUGGUGCUGGAAAGACAACUACCAUUGGUAUUCUUACUGGUCUAGUCAGUCCAUCAUCCGGAGAUGCAUUCGUCUAUGGCAAGAGUAUUGUACGUGACCUGGCAGAGGUCAGGAAGCUUACGAGUGUAUGUCCACAGCAUGACAUCCUCUGGAAUGAGCUGACGGCUCGCGAACAUCUCAACUUGUUUGCCGAACUCAAGGGUAUCCCUGUUGAGGACAGACCAACUUCGAUUGAGUCGGCACUCGAGUCGGUCAAGUUGACCAAGGUGGCCAACAACCAUGUUAGCACCUACUCUGGUGGCAUGAAGCGUAGACUGUCCGUGGCCAUCUCGACUAUUGGUGAUCCCAAGAUCAUCUUCAUGGAUGAGCCAACCACUGGCAUGGAUCCACAGAGCAGAAGACACAUUUGGAACCUCAUCAAGACCAUCAAGAGGGACAGAGUAAUCGUUCUGACCACACAUCUUAUGGAGGAGGCUGAUAUCCUUGCUGAUCGUAUUGUAAUUAUGUCACAUGGAGCGAUGGCAUGCAAUGGUAACUCACUUCAGUUGAAGCAUAGAUUUGGAGAGGGAUACUCGAUCAAUGUGAUUGCAAAGAAGCCUGAGCUAUUGCCAGAAGUCAAGUCACUCAUUGCCAAUCUUUUACCAGACAGCAAACUGUUGAAUGAGGCAGCAGACUUUAUGAACUUUGGAUUCUCACUGGACACCGAUCCAAACCUAGUGAUCAACUUCUUCAAGACACUGGAGCGCAUCAGCAAGGACAAGGAGAACUCACCAAUUCGUGAUUGGGGUGUAUCACAUACAACACUUGAUGAUGUAUUCUUGCAGGUCACCAAGCUCAAGCAGAACUAG